AGGGAAGUUUGACAGAGAGAGGAGAUCCGCGCUGAGGCUCUUCACUCCACUGCACUCCUCCACUCCUCCACUCCUCCGCUCAAUGUGAGAGAUCUGCGCUGCUUCGCGCUUUGCCUGGACGAGACUCAGCGACAGGGUCUCCUACAGCAUCUCCUCCAACUCCAGGGAAGACAGUUUUUCAGUUUUUUUUUUUUAAGCUCCCUCUCUCUCUCUUUCUCUCCUUCUUUCUUUCGUUUUCUCUCUAUCUCUCUAUCUCUGUGUGUGUCUCACGCGCUCGGGAUUUGCGAUGGAUGUUCUACCCAUGUGCAGCAUUUUCCAGGAGCUGCAGAUCGUCCAUGACACCGGCUAUUUCUCAGCCUUACCGUCGCUGGAGGAAUACUGGCAACAGACAUGUCUGGAGCUGGAGCGCUACCUGCAGAGCGAGCCGUACGUCUCAGCAUCCGAGCUCAAGUUCGACCCUCAGGAGGACCUGUGGAGCAAACUGAUCUUGGCGUGCGGUGACGGUGACAAGGGUGAAAUGGACUCAAACGCGAACACUGAUCUCGCUCACGUCAAGGAGGAGGAUGCUCAGGAUGGCCCGAUGUCGGAGACACGCAGCGUGAACUCGGACGCCAGCAGCGAGGUGUCGGAUAGCUCAGAGGAGCUCUCGCCAACGCACAUCUUCGGCUCGAACCCUCUCGGCUCGGGACACUUGGCCUCGUCCAUCAUCGCCACGCCGCCAUCAUCUCCGGAGGCGCUGCAGGAACCUGGCGUCCCUCAGGGCUGGAGACCCAUAAACACUGAACUGCAUGUAGUAGCUGGUAAGGCCAGGCACAGUGGAACGGCCAAGGGGUCGGAUAAACUGGCGUUGCCUGGAGGUGACACGUCUCCGGACGGCAGGAGGAGGGUGCACAGGUGCCACUUCAACGGCUGCCGCAAAGUUUACACGAAGAGUUCACACUUAAAAGCACAUCAGCGGACUCACACGGGUGAGAAGCCGUACAGGUGUUCGUGGGAAGGCUGUGAGUGGCGCUUUGCACGUAGCGAUGAACUAACCCGGCACUUCAGGAAGCACACGGGUGCAAAGCCAUUUAAAUGCAGUCACUGUGACAGGUGUUUCUCCAGGUCAGACCACCUGGCCCUGCACAUGAAGAGGCACCUCUGAGCAGGUCAUGGCAAGUGCGGAUUUGCUCUCGUUGUAUCGUGACCAGCCUCCUGGUUGCCCUGCCCUCGUCAGGGGGAGGAGUGUGUGUCCAGCCAAAGCAUGCCAUUUUGCACCGUACCCUGUGCCUCCGGGAAUCUCGGGGAGAAAGGCCUACUGAGCGGUUGUGGAAAAAAAACACAGAAAAAAAAAACACAAAAAAAAAUUAAAAAGACAAAAAGAAAAUGGAGAGGGAUGAAAUCAUGUGUGAAGAAGAAGGAAAGCGAAGAAUGAAGGACUUUAGGACAAAAUGACAAAAAAAAAAGCAAACAAAAAAAAAAGAAUGAAUGAAUGAUGGUGUGUGUCAUAUGGUGCAUGUUGUUUUGGGACAGCUCCUGGACAACCAAUACACUGGUACUUAUUAAAAGAAAAAAAGCCUGACUGGGGUGAACGUGAGCUCACAGAGUGUGAGGAUAAGUGUAUAGUGCGUGAGUUGGGGGAGAGGGGUACCAGUGUGUUGCUGCAGACUGAAUGGUGUGGGAGAAUUUGAGUUUUUUUUUUCUUGCAAGCCUGUGAUGGGGGAGAAAAGCGUGUCUGCUCAUUGUGGAAGCCGGGACUCGCCCCAUUUCCCCCAGGCUCUGUGCUCUCAAAGGGAUGAUGGGACUUUGGUUACAUCUAAAUGCACCCCUUACCAACCACCACCCCACCCCCUCCCCGCUAACCCCCCCCUCCCCUGCAGUUGGAGGCUCUACAGAGUCCCGUCAUGAAUGAAAGUGGCUUUUUUUGGUGUUUGGUGCAGCUACUAAAUGUGCAAUGUGUUCGGUAGCUUGUUUAUUGACAGGCUACAAAAAAGCUCUUUCGUUGUCCAUUGUAUAAGCUGUGUGCUUAGAGAUAAAACACAAAACUAUAACUUCACUAUCAUAGACAGGUGUUGCAUGGUAUUAGGGUUUGUACUCUUUUAUUUUUUCCUGUUCUUUGUUAUCAGGACUGCUAAUAGAUUCCAAUAAAGUGCAGCUAAAUACGAAUGGUUAAAUGUUACAAUAUAUUGUACAUAAAUGGAUUGAUGAUUCUUCUCUUUAAAUCCUGUCAUUGAUGCUUUUUUUUUUUUUUUUUUUUUUGGCGAGGAAAACCACUAUUGCUUAGCAUUUCUUUUAUUCACGUCUCCAAGUCAUUAAGGACUGCUGUUCUCUCUUUCCCCCCACAUUUCUCUCUCUCUCUCUCUCUCUCUCUCUCUCUCUGUUCCUUCAUUUUUACCUGUUAUUAAUGCACUGUUGACCUUAAUGGUGCCUUAUGCAAGUGACCUUGUCCUGUGGAAUAGAUUGGUCUUGGGGGUCACGCUUGUCUUGUAUGAGUGAAUUUAGCUUUAUUAAGGCUCCAUUUCCUAUGAAAAUGCACCUUUCUUUUUCAAAAGUGGCCGCUCUAUCACACGGAGAAACACACCAAUUUACUCUUUAAUGUUGACAUUUAAACAUACAUAUGUAUGUUGGAAAAAUGCAGCAAAGCACUUAUGGACAGUUUACUACAGUGCAUUAUGUAAUGAAUGCUUUUUAAAAUGAAUACAUUACAUAUUUAAAAAAAGAAGUGGAAAAAAAAAUCAUUGGUAACUGCAGAAAUGCUGCUUCUUGUGCAACAAGGCUCAAGGGGAAAUGGGAAAAUUACACAGCUGCCUUGCCAUCGUUUGACACAGAGGUUCAGAAGCCUGGACUCGUCUCCCCUGCAACCAAGACGGAGAGAAAAAAAAAAGUAAUGAUUUAUUGUAAUUAACAAGCUCUAGCAGGACAGGCCUCGCCUUGUAGCGCAUCGGUGUAAUGAAUUACUAAAGGCUUUGCUGGCACACAUUCUACCACAGACUGCUGACUCCGACAGUUCGCUAUUGACCUGUCUGGACGGCGUUGUUUUAGCCUGGCAACAGUAUUAUGGAAACAGAGAACGGGCAUCCAGAAAGAUCAAGAUGAAUCGCUUCUUUUCAUCCCGAACAAUGUAAAUUUACAGAUGUUGAAUUGAAGCCUUUAGUUUAUCAGACAGCUCCGCUAGCUGUCUGGGUGUCCUGUAAGCAUUUUUUUUUUUCUGUGAGAUCAAAAUCUCUAUUAAGGAUUACAAUCAAGAACAAUCCAAAUACCUGAAUAUCAUGCAUAACAUGCAUUCCUGUAAUGUGAAAAAAAAAAAAAAAACUGACAAAGCUCAACAGACAGUAAUACUUUGUAUAUAUCAGGGACUUACUGGAAUUGAGCAGCAGAGGCACAUGAAUUUUAGAUCAGAUCACUGCAGGAGGAUCAGCAUGAAGAAGCUCGGCUAUAAAAUCCAAUCAGCAAGGCUUUAGCGGGCAAAAAGAACAGUACAUCCUCUUUUGGAAAGAGUGGCCAGCAGCAUUCAAGCGGUAAUCGAGCCUUAAUCAAGCCUCCCAUUUUUGCUUGUAACUAUAACCAACGCUUUCUAUCACACUUUUCCUCUCACACCUUCUCCUGUUGUCUAUUUCUUGAAUAUUUGUACAAAAUUGAAAAGAGAUAAAAGUUACAAAUGAGAUACAAAAAAGCAUUUUCUAAGAUUUUUAUUUGUUCCUUCUUUAUAUAAAUUUUAUUUGAAAUUGUUUUGCAAAAUUGUUCUAUUUCUGUAUGAAUGUAUUUUUUAUUGGAAUAAUAAGAAAUUCUUAUCAGACAUCA